GUGCAGGCGCAGGCCAAGCGACAGCGGCUCAAAAAGUGUCAUAGUGCACUGAUGAAUCUUUGCUCAUUUUGACGUGAGGAGAAUCUUGGUAGAAAUGUAUAGAAUGCAGUGGGAUCCUGAGAUGCCAAUCAAUUGUGAUGAUGACACUGGUACUCGUCUGGGUACUGGCACUGGGUGAAGGAGCAUGAAAAUAAUCUUCAGCCUCAGCUUUCCUGUAGAGUAGAGUAGUUUCCAUGACCUUCCAUGGCAGCCUCGCGCUGGUUUGCUGCACUGCGGACUGCACUGCUGCACCGCUUGUCUAGAGGCAACUUCCAUCUACAUCAAAUAAAUUCUCACGCGCAAUUGACUUCUCUCUCCUCCACGCACUCAACUUCCAACCACUCUCACCACCACCAUAAUUUCCAUCGCGGUAUUGCUUUACGCUCUCUACAGGCACCUUUAGCGAACUACUUGACUCGUCAUCACCACCACACCUUUUCGCGAAGAUGGCUGCUACUCCUGAAGGUAAGCUUGAAUCUCUCAAGUCAGAUCUCUCUGGAGCUCGAGCUCGCCGGCAUCAUCCAAAAGGAUUUUCUCAUUUGCGCGUUUGCGAAGGAGAAUAUCAUGAGAAUGCGAUGCGCAAAGAUCACUCGAUGGCCUCAGUCUUCCCCUCACUGUGCGAAACCCUAGCUAACCCAACCUUUUCAACCCCGCAGUCCUCUGGGCUCAACGAUCCUCCGCAACCGAAGCAGAGAAGAACUACCUUUACGUCACCAUCACCGUCCCCGAUGUCCAGAAGGAAAAACUCACGCUGGAUAUCACCUCCAAAGCCCUGACAUUCGCUGCCCAUUCCGACUCCCUCAAGAAGGAUUACGCCGUUGACCUUGAGUUAUACGAUGAGAUCGAUACCUCCGCUACCAAGAUCAACCACACUGCCAAGAACGUCCAGCUGGUCCUACGAAAGAAGGAGUUGAAGGAGGAGUUCUGGCCACGAUUGUUGAAGGAGUCGAAGAAGGUUCAUUUCUUGAAGACAGACUUUGACAAAUGGGUUGAUGAGGACGAGCAGGAUGAGGCUCCAGAAGAUGAUCUAGGUAUGUUAUGAAUCCCCCUGCAUCUUACGAACGAGGCUGAUCAAGGGAGCAGCCGGUGCUGGUGGUAUGGGUGGAAUGGGGGGCAUGCCAGGAAUGGGCGACAUGAGCUCGAUGAUGGGUGGUGCCGGUGGAGACUUUGGCGGUAUUGAUUUCUCCAAGCUCGGCGGUGCAGGGAUGGGAGGUGAGGAUGAGGGUGAGGAUGACGACGACGACGACGAGAUGCCUGAACUUGAGGAGGAGGAUGCCGCUAAGUCAGCUGCUGCAGCCGCCCCAGCUGCUUCCUCUUCCAAGAUUGAGGAGGUCAACUAGAUUUUGUAUUUGUGCUCCUUACAAGGUCUGCGCACUUUCCCUUUUUUUCUUCUCUCCCUUUGGCAUAUGGGUUUUCAAGCGGCAAAGUCAGGUCAAUGUCCUUGAUCACAUUUACUCGUCCAAAUGGAACAUAUUAUGGACGCCAUAGGUGGUUCGUUGACAUGAAUAUCAUACGGUGUUGGUAGGAAAAAAUUCA